AACCACAUUUCCAGAAUACCAGGAUUAUAUGGUUCUGCGGCGUGCGUGCGUGCGUGGGGGUGGGGGGCAACCCCAACUCACCCUCCAUCUGAUGGCAGCAUCAGGCAGUCCCGUGAAACAUUUGCGUGGGAGUUCCCUCCACCGCCAUGUCGGGAUGGUGCACAUCGCUCUCUUUCUUCCUCUCUCCCUCCCUCUCUCUCUCUCUCUUUCUCCACACAUCCUCCCCCACAUUAUAACAGCUUAGCGCGGCAGUAGUAGGUCCUGCAGCAUCCAGCAGCCCAGCAUCCCUCUGUCCCUGCCUGGGGAGCAGCAGUCCUACCCGGCGCGACACCGUGUGAGUGAUGCCACAGCAUCAUCCGCAUUUCGACGCGAAAUAAUCGAGAGUAAAAUCCCGCAAAGGAGAGCUCGGGGUGAAGGGAAAUUUUGCUUCAGCCUCGAAGACGGCAACUGCCCAUGAAGAUGUCUAACGCUGACACCGUCUUAAACCCCACCGAUCGGGUGGUAAAAUCUGUCCCCUUCCCCUUGAGCCACCGCCUUACAAUGAAGGAAGUGUUCGACUGUGAAGGCAAACCUCGCGUAGAUCUGCUGAAGGCUCACCUGACCAAGGAGGGCCGUGUGGAGGAAGCUGUCGCGCUUCGAAUCAUCAAUGAGGGAGCAGCCAUCCUCCGUCAGGAGAAAACUAUUCUCGACAUUGAGGCACCAGUCACAGUCUGUGGGGACAUCCACGGUCAAUUCUUUGAUCUUAUGAAGUUGUUUGAAGUGGGAGGAUCGCCGGCCACAACACGGUACCUGUUCCUCGGGGACUAUGUUGACCGUGGCUACUUCAGUAUUGAGUGUGUUUUAUACCUUUGGUCGCUGAAAAUCCUCUAUCCAAAGACACUAUUUUUACUUCGUGGAAAUCAUGAAUGUAGACAUUUGACAGAAUAUUUCACCUUCAAACAAGAAUGUAAAAUCAAGUACUCAGAGCAGGUGUAUGACUCAUGUAUGGAUGCAUUUGACUGCCUUCCUUUGGCUGCACUCAUGAACCAGCAGUUUUUGUGUGUCCACGGAGGACUCUCACCUGAAAUACACACCUUAGAUGACAUUAAAAAGUUGGAUCGGUUCAAAGAGCCGCCAGCAUUUGGGCCCAUGUGUGACCUGCUCUGGUCUGAUCCUCUGGAAGACUUUGGAAAUGAGAAAACCCAGGAAUACUUCAGCCACAACACAGUGCGAGGUUGCUCCUACUUCUACAGGUGA